UGACCUUGUAGUUCCAGUUUCUUUGUGAAAGCAGAGCAGACAGAAUGGAUCCAGUUUAUGUUUCAGUGAAGCAGACUCUGGUGCGCAGCCAGGAUCCAGCAGCAGCGCGCACACAGCCAACACUCAGGACUUCCCACUCCAGUCAGGAGCUGCUGGCCUCGUGUAUCACCAGAUGACGGUUCUAUCAGUCGGUGCUUCAGUGUGAGUAGACCUGUCCUGAAUGGUGGAUCACGCUGUUCGUGCGCGUACAAACGCCUCCAUCGGAUUUUACGCACACGUCGGUUCAGAGAAGCAACAGGAACACACUGUCAGUAGCAUUUCAAACGGAAGGCAGCAGCAGCAGCAGGUGUGAAGCUUCCAACUCGGUGAUUAUUUCUAAUUGUGAGGAAAUUAUUACUUCUGGCGACACUGUGGAUGUGGAGUGCCAAAAUGUUUCCGCAGUUUCCCUGGCGGCGCGCCUGUGCCUCGGUCUCCAAGCCAGGACUGUGGACUGUUCGCCUGCCGCUCACUCUCCAACAUUACACUGGAUUAUAACAGAGGAACCUGUUGGCGUCAUUACUGGAGGUCACUUCAUAAUCUGCGUGUGAUCUUUUAAGGAAGGCAGUGAAGGUGACAGCACCGCGCACAGAGACACCUUUUUCCGUGGAUACGCAUUUUGGCACAGCACCGCACCGAGGAGCGCGCAGUGAUGCCGCAGCGGAUCCGCGUCCUGCUGCUGCUGCUGCACCUGGCUGUGGUGGUGCUGCUGGGCGGGUCGGCCGGAGCGGCCCGGGUGCGGAAGAAGGCCACCAGGACCCGGCCGUGCCUGGACCUGCCGGAGGAGAUCCUGGAGCAGAUGUUCGGGCGGCUCUCGGUGGGAGUGAUGAGCGCCUUCCACCACGCGCUGCAGCUGGAGCCGCAGGACAAACUCAACCUGACGUGCCCGACCGCCGCUCGGUCCCCGACCGACACCAAGACCCGCCUCCCGGUCAACCUGCUCAGCAUCUCCCCCUGGGCCUACAGGAUCUCCUACGACCCCUCCAGGUACCCUCGCUACAUCCCUGAGGCGUACUGCCUGUGUAAAGGCUGCCUCAUCGGCCAAUACGGUGCAGAGAGCAACCAGUACCGCAGCACCCCGGUCUACGCUCCCUCUGUCAUCCUGAAGAGAGCAGGCUCCUGCGCCGGCGGCCGCUUCUCCUACACCGAGGUGUACGUCUCCAUCGCUGUGGGAUGCACCUGUGUGCCUCUGCUGGAGAAGGAGAGGGAUGGCCAGAACAGCAACCAGAGUCUGGACAGAGUGGAGCCCAAAGCCAGACGGCUGGUGAAAUCAAGGAAGAGAGUAUGAAGGAAGCAGUGAUGUGGGGCUCCAGAGAAGUUCUUUUAAACCUGAUCCACAUUAUGGGUGUUUGUCUUUUUUCCACUGACACUUUAAACACCUGAGGGGAUCAUACCUGUGUGGUAGAAGCCCCUGUGUAACAGUCCCUAAACAAGCAUGCCCUGGGUAUUUGGGUGACAAAGGCUUUGGCUCCUGAUCUACAUCUCUGGUCAUCUCUUGGGGAAUUUAUUUUCUGGAAUCAAAGGAGGACAGUUUGUUGUCUGUUUUUGCUCUUCGAAUUUUUUGUCUUUAUUCUUGGCCUGGUUUUGAUGCCCUUUGGGCCUGAACUUGAUGUCUUGACUUAAGGUGUACAAUGAUACAAAAUCUAGAGGUAUUGUAUCGGCAGAGAAGAGGCGACAAAUCCAGAGAAGACUAGAUAAAACUCUAAAGUACAUUAUGAUGUUUGAAGGGUUGGUUCAGUCCAAAGUGCAGAGGACCAUAUGUGCUGUAUCGUAGACUCAACUGUUCUUGCUUGAGUUUCCUGAAGACGUUUCAUCUCUUCUUCAGUUCUGACGGACCUUACAGAGUCUUUGAGGUCACAUGUGAGUCGUUGACCCACCUGGCCAUCUUGUGUGUCAGUAGGGUUAGGGUCCAGGUGAGAAUGGAUGUUAAGCAGGGGUGUGCCCCAUCAUCUCGUUCACGAUCUCGUUCAUAUUGUGAUCCUCGCAGUAUUUCAGGUUGUUGAUAUAUUGACGUCAUACUGUUACCCACGGCAACAACAAGCAUGGCUGAAAGUGAAAUUAUUACAGACUCUGCGGUGGUUCCAAAAAGAGGAGCAGCUUCAGCAGUGUGGAAUAAAC